AUGGGAGGAAACUACACACAGCUCAGAUUCAUCCUCCUGGGAAUUACAGACACUCCCUGGGCACAGGCCCCUCUUUUUGUGCUCUUUCUGUUGAUUUACAUCGUCACUUUGGUGGGGAACCUCGGGCUGAUGGUCUUGGUUUGGGUGGCUCCCAGCCUCCACACCCCCAUGUACUUCUUCCUCACCCACUUUUCCCUGGCCGACGUCUGCUAUUCCACCGUCAUCUCCCCCAAAAUGCUCACAGACCUGUUAUUUGGGGAUAAAACCAUUUCCUGGGCCGGCUGUGUGACACAAUUCCACCUCUUUGCUCUCUUUGUCACGGCCGAGUGUCACCUCCUGGCCGCCAUGGCCUACGACCGGCAUGUGGCCAUCUGCCACCCCCUGAGCUAUGUCCUGGUGGUGUCCUCCCGGGCCUGCUGGCAGCUGGUGGCCUGGUGCUACCUCGUGGCCUCCCUCAGCGCCCUCCUCUACACCGGCUGCACGUUUGGGGGCUCCUUCUGUGGGCCCCACCACAUUGAUCACUUCUUCUGUGACGCCAGCCCCGUGCUGAGGCUGGUGUGCUCCGACACCCGCGGCUGUGAGGCCGCCAUCUUUGCCCUGGCCGUGGCCAACGGGCUGGGCACCAGCGUGGUCAUCCUGCUCUCCUACGGCCGCAUCCUCCGUGCUGUCCUGGGCACGAGCUCGGCGCCCAGCAGGGCCAGAGCCUUCCGCACCUGCGCCUCCCACCUGGCGUCUGUGGCCGUGUUCUACGGCUCCCUGUUCUUCAUGUACCUGCAGCCGGCAUCGCGGCACGGCAGCCGGGACAAGGUGGCCUCUGUCUUCUACACCGUGGUCAGCCCCAUGCUCAACCCUUUCAUCUACAGCCUGAGGAACAGGGAGGUGAAGGCAGCGCUGGGGAAGUGCAGGAGGAAGGUGUUAAACCUCUGCCAGGAGCAGAGAGGUGCGGCUUGUGGCAUCAGGGAGUUCUGGAAUGGUUUGGGUUGGAAGGGACCUUAA